CGUGGAUUUAUCUCCUAAAGAGGCUCCCACGGAACUCGGGAGCCAGUUUUGGUUUUUUAUUGAGGAUAUGAGUGAGUAAGAAGUGAGUCAAGAGGAUGGAGAAACACGGGCGGUGACGUCGGGCGCAGUGAUUUCCUUUAUUUCGCAGGUCGGACAGUUAACUUUGUUGUUGUGCAGGAACUUUGACAUGUUGCUGCUCACCCUCCGGGAUGUGCACGUCGCAGUGAGCAGCCUCUCUGCCCUCGCUGCUUUGUUGUGAAACGCUCCAGGGAUACAUUUACGGCGUGUUUUCUCCUUUUAACCCGCACUCCCAAGUUUUAUUUCCUCGCCUAUUUUCAUGGCACAAUGAUGGAGCGGUUGUCACGUUUGACCAAGGAGGGUAAAGCUCCUGAAGUGAAGCCUCGGCGGACCUUAGCGACAGUCGCCGUGCUCCUCCUGGGUUUGUUGGCCUCGUCUUGUUUUGCUGAAGACGCGUCUUGUCACGGAGCCUACGACCUCUACUUCGUUUUGGACAAGUCUGGGAGCGUCGCUGCCGACUGGUUCGAGAUUUACUCGUUCGUCAGGAAUCUCACUGACCGGUUUGUGAGCCCAAGCAUGAGAGUGUCCUUCAUUGUCUUCUCUGCACAAGCACAAGUCCUGCUGCCUCUGACCGGAGACAGGUACGAGAUAGAGGAGGGUCUCAAGCGGCUGCGGGAUGUAAAACCAGCAGGUGAAACAUACAUGCAUGAGGGAAUUAAAGAGGCGUCGGCUCAGAUUCAGAAACAGACGACCAAGUCCUCGAGCAUCAUCCUGGCCCUGACGGACGGGAAGCUGGCGGUCUACAUCCACGAGCUCACCGUCAGAGAGGCCGAUGAAGCGAGGAAAUACGGCGCUCGGGUUUACUGUGUGGGUGUCAAGGACUUUGACGAACAGCAGCUUGCGGAUGUCGCCGACACCAAGGACCAAGUGUUUCCUGUCAAAGAUGGCUUCCACGCGCUCAAAGGCAUUGUGAAUUCUAUAUUAAAGCAAUCAUGCACAGAGAUCCUGAGAGUGGAGCCCUCCAGUGUGUGCGUGAACGAGUCCUUCGACAUCGUCCUCAGAGGGAACGGCUUCACUCUCGGCCGCAGCAACGAAGGCGUCGUCUGCAGCUUCAUCGUCAACGGGCAAACCUUCAAUCAGAAGCCAAGCUCAGUGCGGAGUGAUUACGUCCUGUGUCCCGCGCCGGUGCUGUAUGACGUCGGACAGACUAUGGACGUUCUCAUCAGCUUAAACCACGGCAAGUCCUUCAUCUCCAGUGCCUACACCAUCACGGCUUCAACAUGUUCAGACGGCAGCGUGGUGGUGAUCGUGCUCCUGGUGCUGCUCUUCCUGGUGGCCGUAGCUCUCAUGUGGUGGUUCUGGCCUCUGUGCUGCACAGUGGUCAUCAAAGACCCGCCGCCUCCACCUCCACCUUCCCGUCCUCCACCGCCCGAGCCCGACCCUCUGCCCAAGAAGAAGUGGCCGACCGUGGACGCCUCCUACUAUGGAGGCCGAGGAGCCGGAGGCAUAAAGCGCAUGGAGGUGCGCUGGGGGGAGAAGGGCUCCACGGAGGAAGGAGCCCGGCUGGAGAAGGCCAAGAACGCCAUCGUGUCCAUCCCGGAGGAGGUGGAGGAGCCGAUGAUCAAGCGCCCGCCCAAGCCCGCCCCCGCCCGCCACACGCCGGAGAACAAGUGGUACACGCCCAUCAAGGGUCGCCUCGAUGCUUUGUGGGCUUUGCUGCGGCGGCAGUACGACCGAGUCUCCCUCAUGCGCCCCACCUCUGCAGACAAGGGCCGGUGUAUUAAUUUCAACCGUGUGCCGCAUCAUUAGAGGAGAGGGGCUCCUGUCUGGAAACCGUCGUGUGCUUCUCGCUGCGGACAAAACAAAAGAAUUUCAGGUUUUUUUUUGAAGAUCCCUCGUUUCCAAAACCACUAAAGCACCGUCUGUCCGCUCCCUCUCUCCGUUUCGUGCGUCUCCCUUCACUUCCCCUUUCGGUUCUCUCUGCCCUCGGAAGUCGCACGCUCACAGGAACAUCUGAAUAUUAACACACAAUCAUCAUGUCCUUUAUUUUUUCUAACAUUUUGUUAUUAUUAUUAUUAUUGUUAAACACAAGUCAAAGCGUGAACGCGGGCCGACCCAGAGCGUGCCACUCACAUCGAGUUAGCUUUUCGUGCGCACCAAAGGCUUAACAUAUUCUGACCAUAUUGUGCCUUCUGUGAAAAACCUAAUUUCAUGGACACAGACGGAAGCUAUCUGAAAAACACACAGGAAAAAAAAAAAAAAAAAAAAAAA